GUAACAUAGUUACACCAGUAGGUCUUACAUUGAGAGUAUCAUUAAAAUAUUGCGGACGUACAAACCCGCUUUGUGUUAUGCAGAGACACUUAGUGUUGAUCAAAAGCAAACUAAAAAGCAAUCCUCAUAGUGUAAGACAUUGAGUAAAAUUAAAGGCAUGAUUUCGGCUUUGCUGGUGAUCGGUUUCAUUUUGAUUUUUAGAACAGGCGGAAUACACACACAGUUAACAGAUGAUGGAGUUUGUUUAACACCAGGAUGUGUGGUUGCAGCUGCUCGUGUACUUAAUGGAAUUGACACGUCUGUAAAUCCUUGUGACAACUUCUAUACAUUUGCUUGUGGAUCGUGGAUAAAGAGCAAUGUCAUCCCUGAGCAUAAAGGUUCAGUAAGUGUUUUUGCGGAGGUUCGUGAAAAAGUUGCAGUCACCGUCAAAGGGUUGUUAGAAGCUGAUAACAAUCAAAAUCAUCCAAAGGUGGUCCAAAAGGCAAGGAACUUUUACAAAUCAUGUAUGAACCAAGAUGCUGUGGAAGAGUAUGGACUUGGGCCCAUGAAGGAGUUCAUUGAAACGUUUGGCGGCUGGCCAGUUCUAGGCUCUCAAGACGGCGGACGUUGGUCUGAAAAUAAUUUUAGUGUUGAAGAUUUCUUAGUAGAAUCCGUUCGGCAAGGAAAAAGCAUGCCGCUGAUAAAUUUCAGCAUCAACAAAGAUUUAAAACAAUCUGUAUCUAAAAUAAUAACUGUAAGUACAAACUAUAUUUAAUUUAUACCAAUUUAGUUUCUAAAAGAUAUAUUGCUUUCUGUCUACAUACCACUUACGACCAAAAAUAUAAUAAUGUGAAUUGUCUGGUAAACAUGUUGGCACCUAAAUGGAAUUAUAAGUCUUAAAGUGUCUUGCUGAAUAGCCUAUGCAUGUUAGUUAAGCAUUAAAGAUGCAUUCCUGUAUUGAGUUCUUUAGGUAUCUAAAUGGAAUCUACUACAUCUUUUUUUCAAUGAGUCUUCAAAAAUAUUCACGAAUUCGCCUAUGAUUUGUAGUAACUAUCAUAAAUAACCGAGUUGAAUAUAAGUAAGCCAUGAAUACAUAAUACCAGUAUUUUUAUGUAAUAAUUCACUUCACAAAAAAAAAUUAAUAAACACCAUAAAAAUGCUC